AUGGACGGUGACACUCUAGACGUUCCUCUCCCGACUGGCGCCAACGUCUCGGUGACGUCUCUCCUUACUAGUCGUACAACGAUUGGUAGCACCUCCGAUGGCACGAGUACGCCCACGUCCACGUCCACGUCCACGUCCACGUCCACGUCCACGUCGAGGCCGUCAAUCAAAAUCACAUCAUCUCAAUCGGAGGAAUAUCAGCACAGGUUGGCCGACGUAUGCUCCCGCGCCACCGUCAAUGACCAGCUCAACGUGAUUUUCCAACAAGACAAAACCGGCGACUCGACACACGUCACGGCAGAUUUACUCUACCCGGCCGCCAAAGCGCGGGUCGAAAAAAAGGUCAAAGCAGGCGCGUCGGUUGUCGAGGCCGCGAACUUCGCGGCAGUCGUGUGCUGGGAGCCGCCGGAGGCAACAGCGCAGACGACCCUGUCCGAGACGGAGCUGCAGGAUCUCGCCGUGGAGAGGCCGAUCUUCGCGUCCUUCAUCCGGCAGAUGCAGGAGGUCAGAAUACGGACGCUCGGCCGCGACCAGGCGUACUGGAACAUGUCGCUCAUGGCGCGGGAUCCGGAGCGCAAGGACAAAGGCGCGGUGAGGGCCGUGAUUGAGCCGUACGUGGCGCGGGCGAGGCGUGAAGGCGUGCCGAUCUGGUUGUGCGCGGGGAACGAGAGGGCCAGGGAUGUUUAUGAGUAUCUUGGGUUCAGGACCGUGGGGAUAACCUGGUCGUACCCCGUGGAGAAGGUCGAGGGCGAUGGACAGGUCGGGCUGCCGACUUGGUGUAUGGUUUGUAAUUGGCCGGUGGAACAAUUGGAACGGAACAAAAUGGUCGUGAUGGAGGGGCAUGCUUGAAUGCCUGAGGCGGAUGGGUAGCGAGAAGGAGUGGUAUGAUGGGCGGGUUAGAGCGCGCUUAGAAAGUAU